AUGGCUCAGCAUGGUUUUAGUAUGUUUUCUAAGCUUGCGGAUGCUAUAGAUUGUGGCAACUGGGUUUGGCCUGAAGCUUGGAGGAAUUUAUUCCCGGUCCUUUUUCAGCUCCAACCCAUUUUGUUAUCGGCUGGCGUUCAAGAUAGAAUCAUGUGGAUGAAUUCGGAAGGUAACUUGGUCUCGUUUGAGUCUAAAGAGGUGUGGGCGGCUAUUCGUUCUCGGGGUCACGCUGUUGAAUGGUCGAAUGUUGUUUGGUCUCGGUUUAAUAUCCCUAAACAUGCAUUCAUUAGUUGGCUGAUUCUUAAGAGGAAGUUGUGGACUCAAGACAGGAUUCUUCACUGGAAUCAUACCGUAACCGGUUCUAUGAAUCAAAUGUGUUGUCUUCUUUGUUAUACAGUUCGAGAAAAAGGAGAUAUGUCUCGGCUCAAUGAAAAAUGGGACGUCAUUAUGCAAUGGUUGGUGCCUAGAGCUACUCAUCGAUCUAUUAAGGAGGUUACGAGCAGACUUAUAGUGGAAGCUUCGGCGUAUUUUAUUUGGAUGGAAAGGAAUGCUAGAUUUUUCAACAACCAACUUAGACCGCCGGAACAAAUUGUGGAACUUAUUUUGCAUACGGUCCGAACAAAAUUGCUCUCUUUCAAGUACAAAGCCAGUGCCAAUGUCAACAGGUUUUUGGAGAAGUGGAACGUGCAUGGGGUAGAGACCUUUGAUGACCAUUGUUAG